CAUCCAUCUCGUUUGCCAUCUGCGUACAACUUGUUCACCUCAAAAUAUUACAUGCAUCAUCGCCGACCAUGUUGUUCUCCCUCCUCCGUCGCUUCUGCAAGCCGUCUCGAGGGCGCAAUGUAACCUCGCCCGCCUCGCCCAGCUUCAGCCAGUGGCCCGUGGAGCUCGUGCUGGUUCUUUUCGAUGCCAUCUCCAACGCCACAGACGCUCUCUGCCUGUCACCGGCCUGCAAAGCCCUACAUCACAGUGGUCCUUCUUUCGCACGACUCGUGCGCCGUGCAAAUGUCCAAGACGGCAUCGAUACCUUCCUCUACCGACUCGAGAGGGACUCGCCUGGCCGCUUCUACUGCUUCAAAGGUCAGAGGUUGGUGUGGUUCAGAACAUCUCGCGGGAAACUUGGCCGGUACGACUAUCUGCACGACUGCAGACCCUUCAAUACCAGCCCACGGUGUCCCAGCUUCCAUCCUGGCCUGUACCUACUUCCGGGGAUAUAUCAGCCACGGC